UUUCUAUUGAGGGCCGAGUUCCCUUCGCUACCCUGUAGGCCACAGCUGGAUAUACGGGAAAUUACGUAUACUAUAUGCCUAUAUUAAUCUCUAAUCUUUGACAAACACUUUUGUCUGUCCUGCGAGGAACAAGGUGUUGAAAUGGAGGACACAUAUGAUGUUAUAAUAGUCGGUGCAGGAGCUGCUGGGUUAACAGCAGCAUACGAACUUACCAAAAACAAACCUGAGUGCAAGAUUAUCGUGCUGGAAGCAAGAGAUAGAAUUGGAGGGCGCCUAUUGUCAGUCUCUCUUAAUGUAAAAAAUGGUGGUAAAGAAAAUUUUGACUUGGGAGGCCAGUGGGUGUGUAGCUCUCAGAAGAACAUCGGUAAAUUAAUUGAAACAUUCAAGUUAGAAACGUAUGAUCAAUAUACAAAAGGAAGUAAACUGAUGGAACUAAGUCUGGGAGAAGUAACGAGUCACACAGAUCAAAUUUCCUCCAUCGGUUUCUUCUCUUCAAUUGAGAUGUUUCUUGCGCUAAAGAAGAUCGAUAACAUGUGCAAAGAAGUACCUUUGACAUCGCCAGAAAAAUCUCCACAUGCGAAACAGUGGGAUGGAACGACAGUAGAGACAUUUAAAAAUGAAACUCUCUGGACAAAUAAUGCUAAAAGAGCGUUCGAUGUGGCAGUCAGCAAUAUUUUCGGUUUGUCUUCAUCUCAAAUAUCCUUGCUCUACUUUCUCCAUUAUUGCAACUCUGCUGGGGGCAUUGCAAAACUGAUAGAUGCCGAAAAUGGUGGUGCACAAGCGACGAAAGUUAAGGGUGGCCUGCAUCAAGUCUGUUGCUUGUUGAAAGAUGCAAUUGGGGAGGAGAAAGUUUUACUCGGCCAUGCUAUUACGAAAAUAUACCAGGAUGACAACAUUGUAAGGAUUACAACAUCAAAUGGAAAAUCUUUUGAAUCAAAAUAUUGUAUCUUAGCCAUCCCACCAAAACUUGUAGGAAAAAUCGAAUUUACUCCUGAACUUCCGUACGAACGUCGCAUACUAAUGAGGCAAAUAGUAAUGGGGUGCUAUACGAAGUUUUUAGCAACAUACGAAACAUCAUUUUGGCGAGAGUCUGGUUUGUCUGGUCAGUUGACACGUUUCACAGAUAAUAAGGAGUCCGUCAUCUCGUCCCCAGUCAGUUUGGUCAUGGAUGCUGUGACAAAGGAAAACAAUGCUGCCCUAGUUGGCUUUUUUACAGGAUUCGGUGCAAGUCAUUGGGCAUCAAAAUCAGAUGAUGAGAAGAAGCUGGCAGUCAUUGAAACAUUGAAAAGCUUUUUCGGAAGCAAAGCAGGAAAACCGUUGGACUUUGCUAUAAAGGACUGGUGUCAAGACGAGUGGAGUGGUGGGUGCCCGGUGGGAAUAAUGACCCCAGGAGGUAUCACACAGUUUGGGGAUGUUUUGAGAAAACCUUGUAAACGGAUACAUUGGGCAGGAACGGAAAUGGGUUCAGUAUGGCGUGGUUAUGUUGAUGGUGCUGUGGAAUCUGGUAUUAGAACUGCCCAGGAAAUAGCAAAGAAACUGUGAACGUUAUCAGGGAAAAUAAUUCUAGGCUAAAAUAUUUGUUUAAACAGCUCAUCUAGUUGUAGAUGGAAUAUUAUUUGAAAUAUCGCUCUCAAUAAAUGUGCUAAUGUUAUACAUAUUACUAACAGCGCAAUGGAUCUUGGUAGUUAUUUAGCGUGUUAUUUAGCUGUAUUUGAAUGAU